ACUCUUUGCUCACAGCAACAGUUUUGACGAUUCGAGGCUCACUCUACUGUCUUCGUGUCACAAAUCUCAUCCAUUGACUCGUACAAUUCAGCAUUUAAUACUUAUAUUUUGUUUUAUCAGUGAAUUUUUAUCCUGUGUUCUCUCCAUUUACUUUUUCCAUAGCAUAAAAUCUUCCAAUGCAAAAUAAAUAUUUGAAAUCAUGUGGUUCUUCCAAGUGUUUGUGAUUUUUUCGGUUUUUUUGUGGAAAGUAGAUUCAAAAUCCAUCGACAAGAAACAGGAUUUGAUUUUUCCACAGGAUUCUGUUUUAAAGGGAAGUUACGUACCUUUGAUAGACGGACAACCGAUAUUUAUUCCCCAAGAAUUCGCUGAACCUAGUGAAGUUUUAGAUCUGGGAGAGUCUGAUAACAAAUUUGUAACAGAGAGGACUUUAAAAGUCGAUCAAAGCAACAAUUUUGAAACUUCUGAACUAAAAAUGGAUGAAGUGUUUUACAUCGCUGAAAAAAAGUAUAUUAAAGUACCUAAUAUUCAAAAAACUUUGCCAAAUUAUAAAGGUAAUAAGAAAAAUAAACAGGAAGCUGUAAAAGGUGCAGAGAAAAUAUCGAAACCAAAUCCUAAUAAACCGGAUACAAAACCGGAGAAGGACUUGGAAAAAUUGUCGGAACCAAAGAAUAAUUCGAAUAAACGUUCAAAAAUUUGUAAAGUAAAACCUAAAGUUUCAGAGACUAAAAAAGAACUUUCAACAGAAUCUCAAGAUAUUUUACUGAAUGAAAAAGUAGAUUUUCAGGGCAGAAACAAUGCCAAUCAAAAUGUUUUGAAUGAAGAUAGUUUAAUUGAAUCAGAAGAGCACUUUACUUUGCAAGAUGAAGUAAGAAGCAUGCUUGGUCCAAAUUUUAAAUCUUUUGUAUUUAAUCCUCUUGCAUCUUCCGAAUCUAAGUUUCAAGAGUGUCAAACAUCUAAAAAUGAAUCGGGUGUUUGUAGAUAUGUGCAACAUUGCUUUCUACCAAGUAUUUUAAGUUCACUUCAACAAUUUAUGAAUAAUGUAUGCAUCAUUGAGAGCAGAUUCAUUGGCGUUUGUUGUCCAAAUUUUCCUAUUCAAGCAAUAUCUAUUGACUGGCAAGAUAAUCAGGAAAAGUUUGAUGAUCAAGUAAAUACUACUGGAGAAUGUGGAGUUGGCACCAAUACAAGAAUAGUUGGUGGUUCAGAUGCAAACAACAAAGCUUGGCCCUGGAUGGUUGCUUUAAUCAAUAAUAAGAAAUUUUACUGUGGAGGUGUCCUUAUCAACGAUCGCUACGUACUGACUGCUGCGCACUGCACAUUUGGAGUGAAAAAGAAUGAAAUAAUAGCUAGAUUAGGAGACUUUGAUUUGAGAAGUGAUAAAGGUGAAGAUUAUAAAGUUGUAGAAAUCAAAAGACAUGGUCAAUACAAUCGUUUUACACUGAGAAAUGAUAUAGCUUUGUUGAAGAUACAAAAGCCUGUUGCAUUUAAUGAAUUUACACAAACAGUUUGUUUUCCGGAUCCAACUAAAAACUACACUGGAAGAAUUGCAACUUUGGCAGGUUGGGGACGUCUUCAAGGAGGUGUUUCACCCUUUACAAGUGAUGUUUUACAGGAAGUCGAAUUUCCUGUUGUGACAAAUGAAGAAUGUGCACAGACUCACGGUUUGCCCAUACCAGAAUCAUUGAUUUGUACUUCAGCUCCUUCCAAAGAUAAAAGUGCUUGUAACGGAGAUUCUGGAGGUCCCCUUAUGCUUUUGGAUGAUGAAAAUCGUUGGAAAGUAAUUGGAAUUGUAUCUUGGGGAAGACGUGGUUGUAAUACGAAAUUUCCAUCCGUUUUCACUAGAGUAACUACUUACAUGGAUUGGAUUAAACAACACGCAAUUUAAUCAAACUAUUUUAUCAAAACAUACUUUUAAAAUUUUUUAUUCUAAUGUAUUUCUUUUAAUAAACAUAUAUUAAGCAGUG